AUGUCUGAACCCGAUUUUUUGGAACGGUUGAUCCUGGAGAUUGAGAAGUUCCCUAGGAUAUAUAACAAAGGAUUGGAGGAAUACAAGGAUCCUGACAAAAAAGAUGACGCAUGGAAAAAGGUUGCUGAUAAUUCCUCUGGCAAAAUCGAAGUGGACGCCAUGAGAAGAUACAAGAACGAUAUUCGUACAAAGAGUGGGCAAGGAAGAAAAAAUGUAAAGGAAUACAAGUACGCAAAAAUGCUGGGAUUUCUGGAACCGUUUUUGGAGGAUCGAAGGUCAUCGGGUAAUCUUCAGGCUACUCAAGAAGAGGGCCAUGAUGAAAAGCAGACGACCAAGGAUGUAUCUGACUUCCUUGCUGAGGAUGACGAUCAGACUGUGGAUGAGGAUCACGAUGACACCAUGGAGCCAAGCAGUUCGUCAAAGACAAGUGCCGUCACAGCGAAGAAAAGGAAGAAAACUGAGAGCACUGAUGUCAUUGCCACUACGGAUGCAGUCUUUCUAAAUUACAUAAAGAAAAAAAGCGAAAAAAUGGACAGGAAACCUCCAAUCGAUACUGAUGACGAUGUAGCAGAUUUCAUGAAGUCUAUGACAACUAAAACAUAUGGCUAA